AUGCCUCCGGCGGACUAUGAUUUUCUGCACACAGAGAGCCUCAGUGUAUGGGACGAGAUGGAAGAGAAGCAGCUCUUGGGUACCACAACCAGGAGGUGUUUCCAAUACUUCAGCUUUGCCCCUACAGGCUUGCUGUGGGCCCUGGCGACAUUGUUGUUCUGCGCCUACGGUGCUGUGUGUCCUAACGUGGGCCUAGUCCACGUCUAUGGGGCCAAGGCCACUCGCAUGGUAGCCGUGCUGCUAGGCUUGGCUACCAUCUGUUCCAUGAGCGCAACGGGUGCAGCCAAGACCCUGUUGGAAAGCGAAGAAUUUAGGCAGUUGUUGAGGCAUUACGAGACACCAACGUCUGAAAAAGAAAGCACUUCACAGCGUGAUGUGCAUGAUUUCCGUUUUGAGUGUCAAAUUCAGUCUGUCCUGCUCGUGAUCAAAGAUGUGUUGGUCUAUGGACUCUUGUUCGGCAUCUCACUUCGCCCAGCCUUCGCAUUUGACACGAGUUACUUCAUUGGAUGGCUUUGGUUGGUUGGAUGGAUGGCGGUUUAUUCACCUGGCUACAAACAUGUUUUUCGUCAUGUCAAGAAAUUGAGCAGGUGCCUCGUGCAGGAGCUGAUGGAAGACAUGAACGAUGGCCCAGGAAAGUGGCAGGGCACCGGAAAGUUUUGGCAGGACAUGACGAAGAAGCACUACCGGAUGGACCUUAAGAUUGAGAGCGCUUGGAUGCGUUCCACUUGGGUUGCUGUGCCUGAUGUAGCUCACGUGGUGCUCUUUAUGAUGAUUGGCUUGGUGGCUUGCUUGUCUGCAGCCGUCAACAGUACGAGUGUUGUUGUGGCUCUUGCCAGCUUGCUGGGUAUAGGCUUCGAAGUGCGUGGCUUCGCACGAAGACUGCAGGAGAUGGCCAGCAUCACCCGCAUGUGCAUGUCAACAGCCGCUACAAGCGAAAGCAUCAUGUCGCUCGCAAUCGCUCAGUCUGGCCCCAGUCCAUAUAGCCCCACUGACAUCAAGAAAGGAGGCUACGACCGAGUUGAUGAUGAGCGCGAAGACCACGCACGCUUUCUGACAUACCUAAAGGCAAACCAAUGUGGAGUGGAAAUGUUUGGUGUUCUCAUUGAUUCGGGACUGAUCCUGCGCAUUCUGGCCAAUGUUGGCACUGCGUUUCUUGCACUACUCUCCUACCUGUUCGCCACGCUCGAUAUCCAUGAGGACGAUCUGAUGCCAACAUUUCAGAAUUUCACAAGCAUGCUCCCUUUUAAGGAUGCCGAUAUUUUCGCCUACCUCUGUGAGCGACCCCCUGACGGUGGCGACCUUGUUUACGUGACCGAAGGUAUUUUGCGGCUCUCGAAGCGCAAGGAGGAGGAUGCACCUGACCACGAGAAGGCUGCAGAUCCAGAGCGAUCGCAGUGCGGCAACAGCGCCAAGGCUGCGGAAACCGACGCCGGCUUUGUCCCACAUCACAGCUACCGGCGCAAGGACAUCGAGAUGCUCCCUGCAGAAGGUGACCUCACGACCGCUCGCUUGAAGAUGUUUGCCGCCGCUUAUCGCUUUCGUGCUCGGUCAAAGAUAGUCCUGGUCAUCGCUCCGGAUGAUGCGGCGCAUUACGCCGCCAACCCAAAG